AACUCUGAUGGCUGACUUGAUCGAGUGCAAAUACACGCACUUUGGGGGCAGCGGAAGGAGCACGAAAUGUGUACAUACAUCGCAUCUUAGGGUGAGAACUUGGUGGCAAGGAAAUACACCGAUAAGGAAAGAAGAUAACCCCUAGGAGACCUACGUGGAAGCGCGGCCACCUCGGCUCGUCUUCUUCUUCAGCUUAAGCAACCCCCUCUUAGAACAAUUCAGAGCCUCUGAGGAAAGGGAGAUUGGUCGCGGCCCAGAGGUCGCGGCCCUCGAUCGAUUGCGGGGCAGCAAAAGGCCGCACUUUGGACUGCAAUAGGUUUCAGGACUCAAGUCGAAUAAACCAACAGUACCGAGCCUGCUAACUUCAGUGCUACUUGGGCUUCGCACCGGACUGCUACGUACGAUCCACCCCUCUCUCGACAGUGAUCAUGGGCCUUUAGCCGGAGAACCCAAGUUUUGGACCGACUGAAUUCUGGAAAAUCGAAUCUGGUGUUUUAGAAAGAAAUCUGAUGCUUGAUAAUCGAACCGCAAGUUAGAGAAUUCGGUCUGAAGCUGGAGAACGGAACGUUUCAAUAUUAGAUAAGAUAAGGAACUAAUCAAAAAAUAAGAAGAGCUGAAAUAGAAAAAGAUAAUAAAGAGAAGAAAAGAAAUUAUUCAGGAUUAAACAACACAAAAUAAAGAACACGUCAAACCAAAGAAAAAUAAGCAUUAAAUUAUCAGAAAGAUAAGGGAAGAUUGGUCUGCUUUACACUAGGAAGGGACUAUACAUAUACAGUUAUUACAUACAGUUUGAAGAUAUAGAGAGAUAAAUAGAUCGAUAUACAUAUGUAUAUAUGUUGAGCAGUUCCUUAUGAGACACAAGCAGAGUUUAGCGAGCAGAUGGUUAGGUGGAUAGAAAAUUGAUUAGAGAAGAGAUCGAGGUUGCGGUGAGAGUAUUUAGGAGGGUGAUCGAGGGUCAUCAGGGAUUCCAUUCCCUUUUUAAUAGUCAUUAUAGCAUUAAAUAAAAUAAUUUGUGUUACGAGUUGUCAACUUGUCAACAUGUCUACAGAAAGAGGAAGCUAUUCCUCCAACGGCAGCAUGAUUGUUGUCAGCAACAGGUUGCCUUUCGUCUUGAAAAGAAAUGAUACAACGGGCACGUUGGAGCGCAAGGCCAGUGCUGGAGGACUUGUGACUGCAGUAGCUCCUGUCGUCAUAAAUGGAAAUGGAGUGUGGGUAGGAUGGCCUGGAGUACAUAUGGAAGAUCCGAAUGAACCGAUUCCAGAAUCCGAUCCCAAUGAUAGAACACCAACUGCUGGCCUUCUUUCCCGAAAGGUGGUAGCAGUGCAUGUAGAACCUGGAGUUUUUGACUCUUACUACAAUGGAUGUUGUAAUGGGACCUUUUGGCCUUUGUUUCACUCCAUGCCAGAUAGAGCAACAUUUAUCGCAGAUCAUUGGCGAGCUUACAGUAGAGUCAACGAAGAAUUUGCAGCCAGAACCGUUCAGGCUCUGGAGCUCAUUCACAAAGAGCAAGCUGGGCAGGGAAGUGGAACACCUCUCGUCUGGGUUCACGAUUACCACCUCAUGUUGGCAGCAAACUGGAUACGACAAGCGGCAGAUGACAAGAACCUAAAAUUAAAGUUGGGAUUUUUCCUCCACAUUCCCUUUCCUCCAUGGGAUAUCUUUAGACUUUUUCCCUGGGCUGACGAAAUUCUUCAAGGCAUGUUAGGUUGUGAUAUGGUUGGUUUCCACAUUCAAGACUACUGUCUAAACUUUGUCGACUGCUGUCAGAGAAGCUUAGGUUGCAGAGUUGAUCGCAAAAAUCUUCUCGUUGAACAUGGAGGUCGUACCGUUCGAGUUCGACCACUUCCUAUUGGCAUUCCAUUCGACAGAUUUGUUUCAUUAGCUGAAACUGCACCCAAGGUAAUGCUUACGAAUCAGAAGAUAGUUCUCGGAGUGGAUCGACUCGAUUACACCAAGGGCCUUGUUCACAGAUUGAAGGCAUUCGAAAUGCUUUUAGAAAAACAUCCAGAACAUCGAGAAGAGGUUACAAUGUUGCAAAUCGCUGUGCCAUCUAGAACAGAUGUCCGCGAAUACCAGGAUUUAAAAUUGGAAAUGGACCAGUUAAUAGGUUGUAUAAAUGGUCGCUUCACAACUCCAAAUUGGUCUCCAAUUCGCUACAUCUAUGGUUGUGUGAGCCAGGACGAGCUAGCAGCCUUUUAUCGAGAUGCUGCCGUAGCCUUGGUCACUCCUUUGAGAGAUGGAAUGAAUUUAGUCGCCAAAGAGUUUGUCGCUUGUCAGAUUAACAAACCACCAGGUGUCCUCAUCGUUUCUCCUUUCGCGGGAGCUGGCGAGAUGAUGCACGAAGCCCUGAUUUGCAAUCCUUAUGAAAUUGAUGAAGCUGCAGAAGUCAUUCACAGAGCUCUCACGAUGCCUGAAGACGAGAGAACUUUGAGAAUGAACCACUUGCGUCGUCGCGAGAAAAUGUACGACGUGAAUUACUGGAUGAAGUCCUUUCUCCAAGUGAUGGGUUCACUCGAAGAACGUGAUUCUGUGGGAGCCACUACGAUGCAGCCAGUCACAAUGGACGAUUUUGAUGAUUAUUUGAGCAAGUCCCCCAGGUAUAUUGGCGAUGACCACAAGUUAGCUCUCCUGUUGGACUACGAUGGCACGCUCGCCCCAAUUGCGACACAUCCAGACUUGGCUACUCUACCAUUAGAAACAAAAAAUGUAUUGCAGAGAUUAUCGAACAUGUCUGACGUUUAUAUCGCGAUUAUAUCGGGCAGAAAUGUGAAUAACGUUAAAUCCAUGGUGGGCAUCGAUGGAAUAACGUAUGCAGGUAAUCAUGGGCUUGAAAUUUUACACCCCGAUGGAAGCAAAUUCGUCCAUCCUAUGCCUGCAGAGUAUGAGGGCAAGGUUGCUGGAUUGAUGCAAGCUCUUCAAGAUCAGUUGUGUAAGGACGGUGCUUGGGUGGAGAACAAAGGAGCUUUGCUGACUUUCCACUAUCGUGAGACUCCAAUGGAAGGUCGACCUAAGAUGAUUGAACACGCGAAAAGAUUGAUUGAGAGCGUUGGGUUUAAGGCUUGUUCUGCACAUUGUGCAAUUGAAGCUAAACCGCCGGUUGAAUGGAAUAAAGGUCGAGCCUCUAUCUACAUUCUUCGAACAGCUUUUGGACUCGAUUGGAGCGAAAGAAUCAGAAUCAUUUAUGUAGGAGAUGAUGUUACGGACGAAGAUGCGAUGCGGGCAUUAAAAGGUAUGGCAGCAACAUUCCGCGUGGCUUCCUCUCAUAUUAUACGCACAUCUGCCGAGCGACGUUUACCCAGUACAGAUUCUGUUUUAACAAUGCUAAAAUGGGUUGAGAGACACUUAGGCAGACGCAAGCCACGAGAAAACGACUCGUCCAGAUUUCGUCGGAGCAGUGCCAACACAGGUAUCACGAUGGAGAUGUGUUUCACUGAAAAGCAAAAAUCUUAGUUGGAAUCAGCAACGAGCUGGGUUUUAAAAAAAAUGGUCUUUUCCUCAGCAUUAGGAUAGAUAUACCUCAUAUAUAGUGUGGAUUAAGAAUUUCGAUAAAAAUGAUACAGGGGUCUAGGAUCCUGCGAAAAAUGUGAACUCUACUAUGUAUUUGGAUAUGCAAAAAAUGGCAUCAUCUUCAAUUGAAGUAUAUAUUUAUAAAAAGACCAUUCGCCAUUCGUCCAGCUAACGAAAUCUUUACGAUUAACAAAACAUUGAAGCGAAUCAGCAGGGCGAUAGAUUCUUAUUAAGCUUUUAUCGUCGUCGUAUUCUUAUCCAUCUGAAGAAUGUGGAGAUAAAUUGGUCAACUCCCAAUUGUUGAGGAUCUUAAAGAUGCGACAAAAACGUCCUCGCAGUGAGGAAGCCCUUUUAGUAUUUAAAACUCAAGAAUUGUAUUUAUGUCGUUUCAGCGUCCGAAAAGAUUAUUACACUUUCUUUAUCAAAGUGCGCUUGAAAUAAAUCGAAAGACUUAAUGUUUUAUUUGUAGUGUGAAAAUUACUUCUGAUUCAAAUACUAAUUGCACUAUAUUUAUGUUUAUUGGCCUUGAGUAGAAGCACUAUAGGAUCAACUUCGGAAGAAUAAGAAUACUAAUUAAUAUUUCAGCAGAAUCUAGCAAUCAGUUCGAAGCGCGUAGCGAUUGGAAUUUUGUACAAAGAGUUUUGAGCCAAAGUGGUGGAAGAGAGAUUCUUGUGGUACCGCACCGUCUGGAAACGAUCUGCAUAGAUUUUAUUUGUCGGUAAUUUUUUUGUUUCAUUAAUUUUUAUAUUUCAUUAAUUUUCAUUUUACUUGCUCCUUUUUCAUUUGCUGUACUUUUCAUUUUUAUUUUAUUUUUUGAUAUUUUAACUUUUGCUUUAUUCUUUGCUCGGAGCAAUAAGACAAACGACAAAAGUACAGUGCCAAUACGAAUCUCUUAACUAUUAACAAUGUAAAGUGAGUACUAAUUAUAAGCAUAGUUGUAAGGAUAGGAGAUAUUGUUUUUUGAAUGACAGACAUCCGAUAACUAUCUGAUUCAGAGUAAAUCGAUAAUAAAUACGAAAGUUGUGCAAGUUUGUAUACGUUUUUAACUAGAUAGACGGUUGGAGUGGGUUUCUUUCUCGCAAAAAAGAAGACAGACGACGCGACACGAUGGUGAGGACGUAUACUCAGUUGAUGACGAAUAAUAAAUUAAUUUUCGAUUAACUUUUCUAUCCAUUCAGUGAAAAUUUGUUUAAUUCAACAGUUUUUUUUAUUUCAUAAUUUUAAUGUCACGACUUUAUAAAUGUUUGUUGCUGCAGUAUUUAAGAAUCGCACUAAUGAGUAGUUGGACAGAAAGAGUCUCCGAACAAAUCAGUCUACAUUCGAAAAUUUGGAUUUAACUUACAUGUUUUUCUUUUGAAUGAAGCUAAUUAAAUUGUUCACAGAUCUGUGUAAGGUAAUUUUAGACAAGCGGCCUUAAAUUUGUUUAUAUUAAUAUCGAAAUAAUCAUAAUUAGUGAGAAACUCUUUAAAAACAACGAUCACUGAAAUUAUAGAAACAAAAAAUUUUUAUUUUUAAUUUUUAAUAACUUAGUGAAAAAGUGUGACCAGAAUUUCUACUUUUUGCUGCUUCAGACUAAUAUUUUUUUGAAAAAAAUGUAAGUGUAAUUAUCUUUAUUUAGGAAUUGGAUAAAAAUGCACAAGUUUUGAUAAUUAAUUGAACAAAUUGAAGAAAAAUUCAUAUUUUGACCAUUAUUUAAUACGCGUACCGAAAUAGCGAUGUGAAUAGCCAACUAUUUCGUUCUUUUCUGUACGAUCAACCUAAAUAAAUAUAAUAUUUUUAACAAAAUGGUGCUCUUGCAAAAAAAAAAUUAUUUUUUUAUAUACAAAUUUUUAAAAGCCAUUUUGUUAAAUCUGCAGAAUUAUGCACUAUUUAAUUAGGUUUAAUUUCUGAAAAAAACGUUUAAAUUGAAUAAAAAUCGAACUUAUUUGUUCGGAGGCAGUUUUUUUAGCCCACUUGUGUGACGUUGUCAAGUUCUAUGUUUAAACGCAAAAUCGCAUGAGGUGACUUAUUGUAAUUUUACAGAAAGGUAUCACCUGCAAUUUUAUUUGUACGUAAAUUGCUAAAUAUGUGUUAUAAUAGAGCAUCAGGGAGUUUGUCCAUCUCUCACACAAUUAGAAUUACAGAACUAAUUAAGGUUGGACUUUGUAUGUUGGGAGUUUCCAAGAUGCGAACACGUCUCUCCAGUCAUCGUCUUAACCAUCGAGUCUUUGUUUAGAACUUUAUGCUAGUUUAAGAUAUUAUGUUAUAUAAUUAGAUUCAAGUUUAACUUGCAGUAUAUUUAAAAAAAUACCUAAAAAAUUAAAAAUGGUACAAGAACGUUUCAUGUUCCACAUUAAAUAAUAGUCAUAGUUCAAUAUACUUACCUAUUUUUAUUGGAAAAUUUGAUGCAGCUAUUUGAGAGAACUUCUCAGGACUUCCAACAUUAAUCUGCUAACAUAUCAUGAAAUUUAAUUGAUCGCCAACGACGUGCCUGAAUUUAUUUGGUCUGCUCCUGAAAAUUGGCGACCUGAGUUUUACUGACCAAGAAACUUGUCUAGAAUUGUUACGAAUGAUUUUCAAUGUAUAUUCGCAAAUUUAAAUGUAAAUAUUAUAUAAAUCAGUACUCAAUUCUUUAAAAACUUAAUGAAAACAGAAUUAAAUUGAAAUAAAUUGAACCAAAAUUAGAUUUAUUCAGUGUUCUGGAAAAAUUUGUUGGCCAGUUUCCGAUUAUCGACGCCUACUUUUAAGAUAUUCGAUAUUUAAUAUAAAAAAGCGAUAAGAUUAUAAGUUUGGAAAGUUAGUACUUUUCUGUUACUCAAGAAGUGAGAAAGUAGUUUUUUAACUCAUCAGAAAUGUCGUAUUUCUCCUGGUAUGUAUUAGUUAACUACUCUCACCACUAGUCAAUAAAUAACAAGCGAUCGUUAAGCGAUUAUGUAGAAAAUCAUUCGUGGAAUUAACAAGAGCGAUGGUGAUUGUGGAUGUAAGUUAUCUCAAAAGAAACAAAUCUACGAAAGUACACUAUGCGCGUGAGUUUCUACGAUACCUGUGUUCUGUAUAAGAAAAUCAAUUCGUACAUCUAUAUUAAUACGGAAUGUCCUAAAACACGUACCAUUAUAUUUUCGACAACAAACAAUUCCAAAGAAUGACCUACAUUUUGUAUGAGUACUUAUUUUUUAACUCAUGUACUAUAUUAUAUACGGAAACAUCUUUUUUCAAAGAGUGUGCGAAAACCAUUCUGAUUUUUAUCUGGAGAAAAAUGCACAACAUAUUAGAGAAGAUGUUUUAUAUAAACUAUAAUUCAAGACAUAAAUUUUCGAGUUA